CUGAAUGUGCAAUGUUAACAACAGAACAACGUCGAACAUGAAGAUGCGUGUUCUAGUUGGUGUCUUUCUUGCCUGCGGCGUAGUAGCUGGUCUUCCAGUGCAAGAUGAAGGGCUUCCAAACAAUAUUUUGACUUCACUGGAUUACGCAUUAUUUGAAAAUAAAGAAGCAUACGUGUACGAUGACAACAUGAACCUGGUGAAGCUGAUGUGGGACGACGCCGAAGAGGUCGGAGAUCAACUAAACGAUAGCGAAAUCCCAAGCCGUGUCUUCUUCUAUCUGUACAAAAAGAACGAUCCUAACCCGAAAGAGCUCUACGUCGACAACGAGGAUGUUCUGAAGAACAGCAACUUCGAUCCUGCGAAACCAACGCGUUUUGUAACUCAUGGGUGGAUAAAUUCCCGGAACAGCGAAGCAUGCACUUUAGUUCGCGACGGUUAUCUUCAGCACGACGAUUACAACGUCAUCGUCGUCGAUUGGAGUUCAAUAAGCAUGAGGCCUUAUAUUUGGGCUAGCAACCAUGUCGUGCCUAUCGCUCGAUUCGUCGCCACUAUGAUCAAUUUUCUCGUGAAGCAUGGAAUGAAUCCGUCACAAACCAUACUGGUCGGCCACUCUCUUGGUGCCCACGUAGUUGGAAUCGCUGCUCGCAACGCUAACAGCGAUAUCGGUUACGUCGUGGGUUUAGAUCCAGCUCUGCCCAAUUUUCAUCUGGCCGGUCCAGGAUCCAGAAUAUCGAGCGGCGAUGCUAAGUACGUGGAGAUCAUUCAUACUAACGGUGGUCUGCUCGGCUUCCUGGUACCCAUCGGGGAUGUCGAUUUUUAUCCUAACGGCGGUCGAAAGCAGCUCGGCUGUAUAGUGGACGCUGGCGGGGCGUGUUCUCACGCUCGCUCGUACAGAUUCUUCGCCGAAUCUAUCAACAGCAAGGUAGGGUUUCACGGGAAAAGCUGCAGCAGCUAUGCACGAUUUAAGUUGGGCCUGUGCAAGAACGGGCAUACAUCCAUCAUGGGCGGUCACAAGCCGCUCUUGAGCGCACGCGGUAACUACUACCUGAUGACCAAUCCAUCAGCACCGUACGCGAGCGGAUAGUUCGCGACGCGACGCUGUUGAGCGCCGCGCGAUCUGGAAGGAUCAGCCCAACUGACGAUCAGCCGUCAGCGAGGACUCUGGAUUUGGAAAUUCAUUGCGGAACAGGAAGGAGACAUCCGCGCCGGGCUAAACUCGUUUUUCCCAGCAAUCGAUCGGACGCGUUCACGGUGCGUAAUUUCGUUUCCGCCCGCAGCGGCUGUUUCGAGCGCGAGUAUAUGCAGCUCGCGUGUACCGGAGCGGAUUUUUAUAUCGUCUAAGCCGGGACUAGAAAUCGUCAGGUGAUCAGUAGAGUGGCUAUUUAUCGAAAGAACAGAAUAAAGUAUCGUCGCUGGUCGCGGGACGUUUCGCUUUACCGUCGACCCAAUUACGCGCGUAAGCGCGCGACCGGCGCGUAUUUUGCGAAAUACGUCUCGCAUGAUGUAAAACGCAUCAUAACGUUUUAUUGGAAAUGCAAAAUACCAGGAGGAUACGCCCCGCUGUUCUAAAUGCGAGUCAAGUCGCGUUAAAUACACGUAUCAAUUUCACUGCCGUUGUCCAUUUUUUUUCCUCGCAGCGCGACUCGCAACGCUUCGGUGCGUACAUACACGCGUGCAAACAUCCACCGGCCUCUCGAAACGCGAAUUGCUCGGACUGGCCGCGGUCUUAGUCGCGGGGUGCAUUAAAUUUUAUCGUAAUAUAUCUCGCGCAUAUCGCGCAUAGCAACAAAGAUAAUAAGGCGAUGCGGAAAACACAGUCGGAUUAAACCGUGCGCUGAAUUUUAGGCUCCGGGCUGUUUCGUGUAAACAGACGUAGAUAUUUAUCACUUUGGCAUAAUGCACGAGAUGGAGUUUUGGAAAAGAAUGAUAAACGUGAUUUCGCAAAAUAAGGGAGAUCGUCUCGGCACGAAAGGAGAGAGUUAUCUUCGCCAAUUUUAGCGUAAAUGCACAAACGAUGUUGAUCUUCGGGAACGGCUGAUCUUCAGGACAUGGAGGCUAUUAUGCGAAAAGCAUUAUGAAGUAUUUCGCAUUCCAGAUCUAUGAUGAUAGAUUGGAAAACGAUUGUUAGCAAUGUAACGAAAUGUGAUAUAAUUUACAACAGAGCACUGAUGUACAAAUACUGUUAUUAUAUUUUUGCAAAUAA